AUGCAGAGUGUUGUGUGCUACCACUACCCCUGCUUGGACGGCAUCUUCUCCGCCCUGGCUGCCUAUCUGCAUCACAGGGAAGUUGGGAGGCGAGUCAGGUUCUUCCCCAUGAAGGUGUACGCCCCUCCUGAGGGCCCCGAGGCGCUGCGACUGAGAGGGCACGAACACGUAUUCCUGCUGGAUUACGCGGGACCCAGGGGUUUUGCAGUUGAAGUUGCAAAAGUAGCCAAGAGGGUGACUGUGCUCGAUCACCACAAAACUGCUGCUGAGUCGCUGCCCGAUGUUGAAGGGCGUCCUUCCAACCUGGAGGUGGUUUUGGACAUCUCUAGAAGUGCAGCCACAAUUGCAUUGGACUACUUUCGGCCUCAGAAGAUAGACAGAAAACUUUGGGAAAUGUUUCGCUUUGUUGAGGAUGCAGACCUCUGGCGGUGGCGGUUUGCAGACAGCAAGGCAUUCAGGUCGGGUGUGGCAGCCCAAAAGAUUAAAUUCGAUGUUAACGAGAACCCCAGAAUAUUCGACCAGUUGCUGCAGCUGGAUCCUUGCCAAGUCAUCCAGGUGGGGCGCACCAGAUUGGAGGACGAGCAAAAGAUAAUGGACACUGUGCUGAAGGAGUCCUUCGAGGUUGCCAUCGGUGGCCAUGUCGGCUUGGCAAAUGGCUGGGGGUCGUGCCUCGCAGUCAGAGCUGACGAUGUCAGGCAACUUCGCAGUGAGCUAGGAAACAGGCUGGCAGACAUAUCGCAGUCACGUGGGUUAAGGGCGAUGGGGCUGGUGGCUUAUUUUGAGCCAGACUUGCAGGACCACAGCAAAAUAAAGUGCAGCUUCCGAAGCUCAGGGGAUGAGGACACGACAGUCAUCACCAGGGCGUUCGACGGUGGUGGCCACGCCAACGCCAGCUCUUGCAUGGUGGAUUUCGAACAGUUUCAGUCUUGGAGAGUCUGA